CCGCCCGCCUGCCGCGGGGCGCAGCUCAACGCCUCGGCCGCCCGGGACCGCUGCAAGCGAGCGGCGCCCUGCGAGCGCCUCCGCUCCACCGCCUGCCUGGGCUCGGCGCUGCCCUACGCCGCCACCUCCACGGUGCUGGCCGCCGACUCGGGCUCCCAGGAGGAGGCGCACGACAAGCUGCUGCUCUGGUCCGGUUUGCGGAACGCCCCUCGCUGCUGGGACGCGAUCCAGCCCUUGCUCUGCGCCGUGUACAUGCCCAAGUGUGAGGACGGCCAGGUGGAGCUGCCCAGCCAGACCUUGUGCCAGGCCACGCGGGGCCCGUGCACCAUCGUGGAGCGGGAGCGGGGCUGGCCCGACUUCCUCAAGUGCACCACAGACCGCUUUCCCGAGGGCUGCCCGAACGAGGUGCAGAACCUCAAGUUCAACAGCUCGGGCCACUGUGAGGCCCCGCUGGUGCAGACGGACAACCCCAAGAGCUGGUACGAGGACGUGGAGGGCUGCGGCAUCCAGUGCCAGAACCCCCUCUUCACGGAGCACGAGCACCGCGACAUGCACCUGUACAUCGCCGCCUUCAGCUCCGUCACCAUCUUCUGCACCUUCUUCACCCUGGCCACGUUUGUUGCCGACUGGAAGAACUCGAACCGUUACCCGGCCGUCAUUCUUUUCUACGUCAACGCCUGCUUCUUUGUGGGCAGCAUCGGCUGGCUGGCGCAGUUCAUGGACGGGGCCCGCGGCGAGAUCGUGUGCCGAGCCGACGGCACCAUGCGGCUGGGAGAGCCAACCUCCAACGAGACGCUCUCCUGCGUGAUCAUCUUCGUCAUCGUCUACUACUCGCUGAUGUCGGGCGUGAUCUGGUUCGUCAUGCUGACCUACGCCUGGCACACCUCUUUCAAAGCGCUGGGCACCACCUACCAGCCGCUGCUGGGAAAGACCUCCUACUUCCACCUGGUCACCUGGUCCAUCCCCUUCGUCCUCACUGUCGCCAUCCUGGCCGUCGCCCAGGUGGACGGAGACUCCGUCAGCGGCAUCUGCUUUGUGGGCUACAAGAACUAUCGGUACCGCGCUGGCUUCGUCCUGGCUCCCAUCGGCCUGGUGCUGAUCGUGGGAGGCUAUUUCCUGAUCCGAGGUGUCAUGACUCUGUUCUCCAUCAAAAGCAACCACCCCGGUCUGCUGAGCGAGAAAGCUGCCAGCAAAAUCAACGAGACCAUGUUACGGCUGGGCAUCUUCGGCUUCCUGGCCUUCGGCUUCGUCCUCAUCACCUUCGCCUGCCACUUCUACGACUUCUUCAACCAGGCUGAGUGGGAGCGCAGCUUCCGGGAGUAUGUUCUGUGCGAAGCGAACGUGACGAUCGCCAUCCAGACCAACAAGCCGAUCCCAAACUGCGAGAUCAAGAACCGGCCCAGCCUGCUGGUGGAGAAGAUCAACCUCUUUGCCAUGUUCGGCACCGGCAUUUCCAUGAGCACCUGGGUGUGGACCAAAGCCACCCUCCUCAUCUGGAAGCGCACGUGGUGCAGGCUGACCGGCCAGAGCGACGACGAGCCCAAGAGGAUCAAGAAAAGCAAGAUGAUCGCCAAGGCCUUCUCCAAGCGGAAGGAGCUGCUGCGCAACCCGGAGCAGGAGGUGUCCUUCAGCAUGCGCACCGUCUCGCACGACGGGCCCGUGGCUGGUUUGGCUUUCGACAUCAACGAGCCCUCAGCUGACGUAUCCUCGGCCUGGGCCCAGCACGUCACCAAGAUGGUGGCCAGGAGAGGGGCCAUCCUGCCGCAGGACAUCUCCGUCACGCCCGUGGCGACACCCGUGCCGCCGGACGAGAGGGCGAACCUGUGGGUGGUGGAUGCAGAGAUCUCGCCCGAGCUGGAGAAGCGAGCCAGCCGCAAGAAGAAGAAGAGGAGGAAGAAGAAGGAAGUCUGCCCCCUGGGGCCCGCCAUCUGCGACGUGGGCUACUUCACCCCGCCGGCCCGCAGCGCCGUCCCUCGCCUGCCCAAGCUGCCAAGGCAGAAGUGCCUGGUCUCCAACCCCAGGGAGUCUCAGCUUGGAGAAGAGGUGCCGCCCCCUGGCUCCUACCCUGGCCUGAGGCUCAGCAUCUCCCAGCACGAAGGCCUCUUCCCCCGGGACAACCCCGCCAGGUCCAGGAAACACGACGCCUUCCAUCUGAUCAGCCACCCCUUCUGCCCCGAGACUGGUCCCCAGGAAGAUCUGGCCCUUGAGGGCAGCGUGAGGUGCUUCCUGGCACGCCAGCAGCACACGGGCUCGUUCCGGCCCCCCGCCGCGGGCCUGGAUCCUGGCGCCCUGCCCGGCGGGAGCAUCCCCUGCGGGCCGAGGACUCCUGGCAGAAGGGCGGGCUUCGCCCCCAUCCACUCCCAGACAAACCUCAUGAACGCCGAGCUGCUGGAUGCCGAUUCAGACUUUUAGGCCAGGAGGGACCCAGACCCUUUCCACGCCUGGAGAAGCCCUGGAGAUCACCUCAUCGGGACACAGGCCAUGGAGGAGCCUGCAGAGCCCCAGCAUACAGGCGUAGGUUUAAAGCUCACGCUCCACGUUCCCACCAGGGACGGUUUUUGGUCAGAGGCAGGUUCUUCUCUGCUGCAAACCUUGACGCUUCCUUGGUUGCUUGUGGCUGCUUUUGAACUCCUUCCCCAUCCUGGGUUUCCAGAGCCCCUCCCUGCCGAUCUUCCCACCCGAGACAUUCGGCCCGUCCUGCCCGCGGGAGGGAGCCAGCCCUCGUCUCAGCUGGUUGAACGGCAGCUGGAUGGGGCCCGCCAGGUAUUAUUUAUUGCUCCGCGGGUGAUGGAAACCAAACCAAACGGACGUUUGCUGGUGAUGCCCCCAGAGGCCGGGCUCCUGCGGGGCUUGUGGGAUGGAUUCAGGAUGUCCCAGCUCCCAGAUGGAGUCGUGGAUUGUUCCCUUCUUCACCCUGCUGCAUGGAGUUUUUUGAGGACUCCUCCACCGGCAGCUCUGACCCACCUGGGUGCUGCGUUCACUCCCCGAUUUUUGGCUUGGGGGUGGGGAUGAGCCUUGGAGAAGGAGAGAAACGUCCCUUGAUGGCCUGGUAUCAGGGAGGCUGGGGGUCUAUAGAGAGAGGAGCCUCUCCGAGGGCAGAGAGAAGAUCCCGUGGCUUCCUUAUCCCAGGAGCUUCCAGCUGUCCCGUGAACCACCCCAGGGGCUGAAAGGAAGGGGCUGGCAGCUCUGAGCCGUGGUAGCUGUAAUAGACGGCCGGAGAGUUUAGUUAGGGGUCUGUCUAUUAAACUCUCGGAAGCGUUGGAGCCGCGUCGCUCCCGGAUCUUCGCCCUUUGCCAGGAGAGGUGGAGACUUUGUACAGGGAGGGGCGGCGCAUGUAACACGUUGUCACCAGCAUCACCCUCAGUGACUCAGCCAAUCAGCACAACCCUCCUCGGGAUGCAUCCCUGGGGGCGGGGCCACGUUACCCAGCCCCGGAACCAGAG